UCAGUCGGAGGUUCCAUUUGGCCUCUGGGUCGCAGUCCGCAGACAUCCGGGCGGGUUGUGUAGCGACUUUGGUGGUGCAAGGCACAGUAUAUCGGGACUUUGAACUGCUGGUCAUGCCUAAUCUGUGUGCACCUGUGCUAUUGGGGCUGGACUUCCAGAGCCAUCUCGAAAGUGUGACUAUGGUAUACGACGGGCCCCUCCCACCACUCACUGUCAAGAAUCCUCAGUUUUGUGGGACUUCUUCACAUACCCCGCUACUGACCACACACACACACGGACACACACAUCCCAUCCAGAACCAGGCCAACAGCUGCGCUACCGACACUUGCAGCCUCUCCACUCUCAAGAUCCCUCCCCCACCGCUGUUCGCCAACCUGACCCCCGACUGUAAACCUGUGGCAACCAAAAGCAGGAGGUACAGCGCGGGGGACCAGGCCUUCAUUCAGUCGGAGGUGCAGCGGCUGCUCAGGGAGGGGAUCAUUGAGCCGAGCACAAGCCCUUGGAGGGCCCAGGUGGUUGUUGUUCGGACUGGGCAGAAAAAUAGGAUGGUGGUGGACUAUAGUCAAACCAUCAAUAGGUUUACGCAGCUUGACGCAUACCCCCUACCCCGCAUCGCGGAUAUGGUCAACCAGAUUGCUCAGUAUAAGGUGUACUCGACAAUAGAUCUGAAAUCCGCUUAUCACCAGCUCCCCAUCUGCCCAGAGGACCGCCCCUACACCGCCUUCGAGGCGGGCGGCCGGCUCUAUCACUUCCUGCGCGUCCCUUUCGGUGUCACGAAUGGUGUCUCUGUCUUCCAGAGGGAAAUGGACCGGAUGGUGGACCAGUACCAACUGCAGGCCACAUUUCCCUAUCUGGAUAACAUCACCAUCUGUGGUCAUGACAGGCCAGAUCACGACGCCAACCUCCAACGGUUUCUCCAAGUGGCCGCAGCUCUGAACCUUACUUAUAACAGGGACAAGUGUGUUUUUGGUACCACCCGCCUUGCUAUACUUGGGAAGUCUGUCACUGGGACCACCCUACCAGUUUGGCUGACGUCCCCGGGGCCAGUGCUGCUCCGGAAACAUGUGAGGAGCAAUAAAUACUCCCCGCUGGUGGAGAGGGUUCACCUUCUCCAUGCGAACCCCCAGUAUGCUUACGUGGUCUUACCUGAUGGGCGGGAGGACACGGUCUCCAUCCGCGACCUGGCACCCGCAGGUGCAGCAGACCACUACCCUGAAGGCUCUCCGGUAACUGUGAACCCUGCACCAGAGGUGACACCGUACGCACCAGGCCCUACACAGACUCCUCACGACACUUGUAUACCGGGCGUUUCGUACGCGUUUAUACCAGGCGCCUCGCACAUGCAUGAGGGAUCACCGGCGCCUAGUGGGCAAGAACACGCGCAACCCCCGUCCCCUGUGCAAUCGCCAAUGUUGCUGGCACCUAUGCGGUCACAGCCGGUGCUACGUAGAUCGCAGCGACAGAUUCGACCGCCUGAUCGGCUUGACUUGUAAGAACCUUCACUACAUGAGGACUUUUUCAAACGAAGGGGGGGUGAAUGUGGUGAACUAUGUGCCUGU